CCUGUUCUGAAAACAUAAAAUCCAGGUCACUCGCAGUUCGGAUCGUCAAUCGGGUUGCUUCUCUGAACCAGAACCGCACGCUUACCCCAAACUUAUAUCGUCGUCGGAAAUUGUUUACCGGCUUGGCAAAAUGAAGUCUUCGCUCUACGUUGUGCUCGCUACCGUAGCCGCCACCAAGGUGGCCGGUCAUUCUUUAUUCCAGGCCCUCUGGGUUGAUGGGGUUGACCAGGGUACCACUUGUGUCCGAAUGCCUGGCUCGAAUUCUCCUGUCACGAGCGUCAACAGCCCUGAUAUUCGUUGCAAUGUUGGUGGUUCUAGAGGGGUUGCGGGAAAGUGUGCUGUAAAGCCAGGAAGCACUGUCACUAUCGAAAUGCACCAGCAACCCGGUGACCGAAGCUGUGGCAGCGAGGCUAUUGGAGGAGCUCACUACGGUCCCGUCAAUGUAUACCUCAGCCAAGUUCCUGACGCUACUAAAGCCGACGGUUCGACCUCAUGGUACAAGAUCUUUGCCGACUCGUGGUCAGCUAAGGGUUCUGUGGGUGAUGCAGACAACUGGGGUACCAACGACUUGAACUCUUGCUGUGGCAAGAUGGAUGUUCCCAUCCCUGCCGAUACUCCCGCAGGUGACUACCUUCUUCGAGCUGAAGUCAUCGCUCUUCACACAGCUAGCUCGGCUGGUGGUGCUCAAUUUUACAUCUCUUGCUACCAAAUCACUGUUGGCGGUGGCUCAGCAAAGGCGGCUGCCCUGCCAGCUGGUGUCAAGUUCCCCGGUGCUCUCAAGAGCAGCGACCCCGGUAUUCAGAUCAACAUCCACUCUAAGGUCUCCAACUACGUGAACCCGGGCCCGGAAGUUGUUGCCAGUGGUACAACUAAGCAGGCAGGUUCUGGUUGCGGUACCGGCUGCGCAAAGACUUGCACCGUCAAGAAGUCCUCCGUCUUUGAAGCCUAAGCACAAACUGGAAAUUGAGGACGCAGAAAGGUAUUAAGCAGAUCUCGGCAUGCCCGUCGAAACUUCAAGAUUGCAGUGGUUAGGGAUACUUUCGUUAAGAUGGAAUUAAUUUAAAAUUUUAAAGAUAUCCAAAUAUCUGCCUGGAAUAUCAAUUCAAGAUUUAUCCCUAUUUAGCAUGAUUUUUGUUGAAUGUCGCUGCCGGUGAAUUUAUUUUAAGGUCCGUUUCCGCCGGCCUACCUGCCCGAAAUACAGAUCGGGUAGGUCCCUACACGUAGGCGAAGAAGCAAGUCACCUUGUCAUACACGAAAAAGAAA